AAUUUUUAGGGUUUCUGUGCUAUUAUCGACAGCCACUCGAGAGGCACACACAAAGAAAAAAAAAAGGUUUGAAACUUGAAACAAUAUGACGAUGACAAUAACGAAUCUUCCAAGAGAUUUGGUGGAGGAGAUUCUCUCUAGGGUUCCGGUGAAAUCUAUUGGAGCAGUGCGAUCAACAUGCAAAAACUGGAACGUUUUAUCUAAAGACGAGAGAUUUGCCAAUAAGCACAUUGACAAAGCAGCAGCAGCAGCAAGAGAAACGGUGUAUAUUAUGAUAACGGGGGCUUCUAGGGAUUAUUUGAGUAAUGUCAAUCUCUGUGAAACUCACAACAAAAACUUUGGUUUAUCCAUAAACGGCAAAGCUAUAAGUAUUGCACGAGAACAUUCAGAUCAAACACUCUAUCUAUCUCGUGUCUUUGUCUCCAGCGGUUUACUGCUAUGCGUAUGGAGAACCACCAUAAACAACAGAAGUAGGCUUUUUGUUUGGAACCCCUAUUGGGGAAAAAGAAGCUGGAUCGAACGCCCACCAUAUUGUUGGUAUGAAAGGUUUGCGUUCGGCUAUGACAAAGCUUGUGGUAGCCACAAAAUCUUGAGGUUAAGGACUAAUAACUCGAACAAGCACAUGGACAUCUACGAUGUGAGCUCUUAUUCGUGGAGGACUCUUGAUGCCACUUUUGACAGACAUUUAAUAAAGUAUAUUGAAAUUGGCUUGUCUUUGAAGGGAAACACUUAUUUUGAAUCAGAAGGUCGUUUCUUACACUGUUUUGAUUUUACAAGAGAGAGGUUUGGACCAUCUCUACCUCUGCCUCUGCCUCCGUCCUAUCCCUCUAGAGAUAGUGUUUUUCUAUCUUCAGUUAAAGAAGAGAAGCUUGCAUUGUUAUUUUCACCACGGAGUACUUUUCGGGUUGAUAUUUGGGUCACAAAUAAGAUCGAAGAUCCCUACGUGGUUUCAUGGAGCAAAUUCUUCAAAGUUGGAACUGAGACGAUGCAACGCAUUGAUCAUCGUUUUAGGUCUGGCCAUUUUUUUAUUGAUGAGGAGAAGAAGCUCACUGUGGUUUUUGAUAUGUAUGGCCAAAUUAACAAAUCAUACAUCAUUUUUGCGGAGAGUGGUCAUGUCAGAAAAGUGGAUCUCGGACAAUACUCAGGAGCUUCCGUACUUGUUGGAUGUUAUAUUCCAACCUCUGUGCAAAUAUAACUAACAGGUUAGUGAUUAGUCAAUUAACACGUUCUUUCAAACAAGAGUAAAACUUGAAGUUGUAUUUCAUCUCCUUUUAUAUAUGCAACAGAUGAUGAAUAAUUAAUUUAAAUUAGUCACUUCCUCUCGUUUCUUUACUUGUGUUCCAUCUCAGCAGCAGUCCAUGGCUUCUUCAAAUCUCUUCAAACUAAUUAUAUUACUCAACUGUUUUUGUUAUAUUUAUAUGUUUUUCUAAUUCCACGUGUGAGGAUGACUUUGAAAUGUGCCUAACCCCGGUUUU